AUGUCCCAGCAACACACAUUGCCAGUGACUGCCCCAGAUGCGGUUCAGGAAUCCCUCAAGACUGUGUGCCCUCCAGCUCAUACCCAGCAGGAACAAACAAAGCAGCCAACUUCACAGCCUGCACAGUGCCAGAACGUAUUCUCUGAGCCCCAAGAGAAGGGCUCCCCUCAACAAGAGGAGAAGGGCACAAGUCCUGUGGUGAGGCUGCCUGAGCAAGAAUGUCAGCAGCAGCAGCAGCAGCAGCAGCAGCAGCAGCAGCAGCAGCAGCAGCAGCAAGAAGGACCACAAGGGCAACAGCUGUCUGUGAAAAUGCCACAGAAGGAGAUACAGGGGCAGGAACUGCAUCUAGAAGAGCAGCUGCCAUCACGGGAACCACAGGAACUGCAGCUGGGGCAGCACCAGCAAGAGCAAGAACUGCAUGUGGGACAGCAUCAGCAUCAAGAGCCACAGGGACAGGAGCUGUGCCUGGGACAAGAGCAGCAGCAGCAGCAGCAGCAGCAGCAGCAGCAGCAGCAGCAGCAGCAGCAGCAGCAGCAGCAAGACACCCUGAAACCACAGGAACUGAGCCUGAGACAGCACCAGAAGGAGAAGCAACAGGAUCCAGAGCUGUGUCUGGGUCAGCAGCAGAAAGCUUCUGAGGAGCAGGGACUGAUCCCAGGAGAGAAGCAGCAGGAACCGCAGGAGCAGGAACUGCACCACGAACAGGUGCACCUGGAGCCACAAGAGCAGGACCUGCAGCUGGAGCAUCAACAACAGCAACAGCACUCACAGGAGCUGCAUCUAAGACAGCAUCAGAAGCAGAAGCUCUGUGAACCAGAACUGCACCUGGGAAAGCAGCAAGAUCGGGAGUCCCAGGAACCAGACGCGCACCUGGGAGAGAAGCAGCAUCAAGAGACACAGCAGCCUGAACUGCACCUGGGAAAACAGCAGCAUCAGGAGUCACAGGAGCCUGAACUGCACCAGAAACAGAAGGAGAAGCAGCAGGAGCCUGAUCUGCACCUUGGAAAGCAGCAGCAGCAAAAUACAGAGCACGAAGGUUAUCAAGGACCACAAAGCUUAGGUCAGUCCCUUAAGCAAGAGAAAGCCUCAGGGAAACAGCAGCUAGAACAGGAGAAGGAACUCUUGGACCAGCGACGGGAUCAAGACCUAGGAAAAGAAGAUGAGCGACAGGAACGGAAGAAUGAACAACCACAGGAGCUCCUGACACAGCAGGAGAAGCAGAUAGAGCAAGUCGGACCGAGCACUGGCCAAGUCCAAGAGACUCAGCCAAUCCAACCAUUGAAGUGAGACAGCUUGCUCACUACAGAGGAACAGAGGCAGAACCAGGAAGUGCAGUGAUGCCAAAACUACAGCAACCACCCCAGUGUCCCAGAGACUCUCCAACCAUCCCACAUAAGGGAAGAGAGCCGUCCACCACACAUCCUCAA